GCGUAAUGGACGAGGGAUCGUCUGACAGCAUUCAUUUGAAUGGCUAUCGUACUUUAGUAACAUAUCAAAAUAUUCUAUCAAAUACAGAUUUGGCCACAUCAGGUAAAAAAUGAAUGGCACCUUGCAAUUACUCCUUUGCUUCGCUGGUCUUUUUGUUCUCGUUAUUAAUGCUAAAAGACGUGACUGUUCUCGGCCCAAACUUCCUUCAUCGCUUUUUAUUUAUCGCUUGAGCAAAGGCGCGAAAAAAUCACAAAAUCGCUACAAACAUGGUGAUUGGGUGUUCCUACGAUGCAAAAACAACGGUCUAAUGAUUGGCCCCUCGUUGAGAAUGUGUAAAUCAGGCACGUGGAUUGGGAAAGAAACUAAAUGCAUUGUGAAACGAAAGACCCAUGUUGUGAGAUGCAGGAGGAUUAGGUACCUCAAAAAUGGUAAUAUACAUGGAAGCAGACGUGAAGUGGGAGCAGUGUUACGAUUUUCAUGUUUAAAUGGAUACAAUCUAUUGGGACCAAAACGGCUAACUUGUCUAUCAAAAGGAAACUGGAGUGGCGAUUUCCCUCGAUGUUUAAAGGAUAUUAAUUGCCCAAAUCUCACGACUCCCGAAAACGGCACUCGUCAGGGAAGCAUAUUUAAAUAUGGAAGAAGGGUAUUAUUUACUUGCAAUGCCGGUUACCACCUGCGGGGCUCAAAGUUACGUAAGUGUAUGUCUAACGGAAAGUGGAGUGGAGAAGAAGCAACAUGCGUAAAAAUGGAUACGGCAAUGGAAUUGGCAGAAAUUGCAGAGAAUUUGCGUAAGAACUUUGUAAACAAGUUUAAUUUGGUGACAGUGGACAGUCGGGCAAGAAUAGGAAUAUCCUCUGGUGCUUCCGGUUUGGACUUUGUGUUUGUACUGGACAGUUCAGCUAGUGUAGGAGAAACAAAUUUUAAACGAGGAAUCGAGUUUGUGCAAACAAUUAUUAAAGAGUACGGAGUGUCCAGCAAGCCACAAGGCACUCGAGUAGCAAUUGUAACUUUUAACAGCGUUGCAUCAAUUAAAUUCAACUUGGCAACCAAUGUGAUUACAGAAACCAGUCAAGCUAUGAAGGAAUUAGGUAAUAUCAAAUUUCAAGGAGGCGGAACGAACACUGAAGCUGCAUUGAGUGAAGUUUUUCAUGGCGUUGCUCCUGAAGCCAGGGAAAGAAGUCACAAAGUCAUUUUUCUUAUAACAGAUGGUCGCUCAAAUACUGGCACUAAUCCAAAACAUUUUGCCGCUCGUCUACGAGAAAGAAACUAUGAAAUAUUCGCCAUAGGAAUUACAAAAAACGCCGAUAUGGAUGAGUUAAAAAGCAUUGCAUCACUCCCGUACAGAUCGCAUAUUCACUUGUUAGCAAACUACGAAACACUAGAUAAGCUAAAGGAUUUAAUAAGUGGAGUUGGAAAUGAUUCAUGGGCCUGUGGUCUGGCUGGUGAUAUUAACAUUCGCGGUAAUUUGAAGGCACCGUACCAUAAAACAGCCCGUGACGAUGCAUGGCCAUGGCAAGCAGCUAUUUACAUUGACGCUUUAUACAAAUGCGGUGGAGCACUAGUUGCUGAACAGUGGGUCCUCACGUCGAGCAAUUGUUUCGAUAAGAAAAUGCUUAAAAACCUCACGGGUCAUACCGUUAAAGUCGUUUUAGGGGAACACGAUCGUUUCGAUGAGGCUGGUACUGAACAAACAUACGAAGCCAUCAAAUUAUUCCGAGCUCCGAAAUUUGCAAAAGGUGGCAGGGCUAAUUUGGUUUUGAUCAAACUUAAUCAUCCAAUUAAGCAAACUGCAUAUGUGCGUACAGUGUGUUAUGACGAAGAUAAGAAAAGUACUUUAAUAUGGCCCACCCAUUACGGUGUUGUCACAGGAUGGGGAUCGACGACAAAAGGUAGAAACGGUACGGCGACAAUCCCAGCUUCAGACGAACUUCAUCAAACUGUCGUCAGAUUUGUUUCGGAACGAGAGUGUUAUAAAAAAUUUAGUGCUAGAAAAGUCAGAAAAAACUCUUUUUGUGGAAGCAGUCAGCAGAGAAUUGUUGAUAAUUGUAUUGGGGAUACGGGUGGACCUGUGGUGGUGAGAUUGUCAGACGACAAAUGGAUUUUAGUUGGUGUCAUUAGAAUCAAUGAAGGCUGUACCGCUAAUUCCAAGUAUUCAUUGUUCACAAAAGUUGGUAAAUUCUCGAAAUGGAUAGGCGAUAUUAUUUCAAACAACUAACCUAAUGCACGCCAACUAAAUAUCAUGUAGCAUCUGCAGUUGCUUACGAUUUACAAAAACCAUAUAGAAAUAGACACAACGAUGUGUUUUAUAACAAAGGCAAAUAUAAUUAUAAGUUAAAUAGAUGGAAUGUUACUUAACAAAAAGAAUGAUAGCAUAAUGUUUUAUCCAACAAAUACAAAACGUAAAAUGUUGCAUUGUGGAA